AUGUCAUGGCUUGUUUACUCCAAGAGGGAUGAUCUCGGAAAUUCAGCUGAAAAGUUCAUCACUGCCACACGUGCAGUCUUAACUUCCGUGUGGACAAUUACACGGGUCUGUGGAAACAGAAGGCCACUCAACUGAACUGCACCUUCAAAUGAACCGAGUUCAUGCCUGCACCUAGGAGAAAUAUUGAGUAAGAUUCACAGACAGCAGCAUUGGAGCCUGCGACAACUGAUGACAUGUCUGGCUUUGUAUUGUCCAUUGAAGGGGAGUUGAACUUCAUUGUCAAAGAGUAUCUCGACUACCUAGGACUCCACAGUGUGUCGAAACACUUCGAAGAAGAAUGCCUGGCACACAGCAAGCCGAUCCAGGAGAGCUUUGCUUCGUAUAGAAAUGAGCGGACACAGAAAGUGCAGAAAGAACUGCUGAGCUAUUUUGAUGAAGGCAAGCAGGCCCAGUUUUUUGCUAUUUGGGAUUCUGUUGUCUCAAGAAGCACAGCCAUCGAUGAGGCCAUAUGCCGUGACCUGGAGUUUCACCUGCGGUUGCACUUUGCCAUCUACCCACAGCGCUACCCCGAGAAAGCUAACCUUCAGGGCAGCGUCACUGUUGAGGGCGCUAUGUCAAACUUCCGUCAGUAUAUAGAGUCCAUCAAGGCCCGCACUGAGGAUCCACUGGUGUACUUUGCCUUGCCUUAUGUCCAGAACCCAAGGCAGUUUCCUGUCUUCAAGCCAGUUUUUGAGGAAAGCUGGGUGGACGAGCUCAAGACUAGGCUGGCGAAGUUUGUGCAAGAGUCUCUUUCAAUUCAGUACCAGCAACGAGCAAAGCCUCGCCUUAUGGAUCUUUAUUAUUGCAGCGAUGUUGAACUAAAUGACAUACGAGAAGACUUUCGGCGCUGUGAACAGAGAUUACAACAGUGCGAUGAGCAGCAUGCAGCCCUGGAUAAACAGAUAUCUGAACUACAGGAUGACUACAAGACACUUGUGUCUGUAACAACAGAACUGAUUACUGCCCUUGAAGCAACUGUCAGAGGAGAUCUGGUGAACUUGGAGAAUGUGCUGUUCUCAUGCGGGCAGCGGUUUCCUGAAUUAGUGAAGCUGCAGACUCCUCGUACAUCAUGUGGGUCGACCUGUGAUGGCCAGGUGUUUGUCCUCAGAAGUGGACUCCACACUAGACUAAAACAAUGCUCAGGUUUGUCGUCCUGCAGUUGUGCAGAAGGCCAUUAUGAAAAUGUGUGCAGGCUAGACUUCUCUAAGAUCAAGCAAGACCUGUCGGAGGCGAGUGCCAGCAUACGAGCUCUUCUACUGCAGGCACUUCGAUGGAAACUGACCAAGGCCUCAUCAGUCGAGGAAAGGGACUGUGUCCUGCUGGCGUACAUUGACAAUGAUCUGCUGGGCUUCUUUGAGCAGUCACCUGACUACUGCAACCGUAUCUUACAUAUAGUUAAGUCACCAAACUCAGGGUUGCAGCAGAGCUUUGUGAGGUUCUUGAAUACACUUGCUGCUUUUCGAUCAGGGCGCAAUUACUUGGCCAAGAAUCUCCAGCUUGUCGCGGUACUUACAGACACACUUGUAUUUGACCGAGUCACGAACCCUAGGACACUGGACAUGAUAUUGGGGGUACUUCAAAAGCUGAGUCUAAGACAUCAGCAGAAGGACAUUAUGAUCAGCCAUGGUAUCUUGGAGUGGGUGGUGCGCACCUUGCAAGAUAGUGAGGAGGUCGGGAUUUCAGAGUACGGCCUUGAAUACAUCACUGCACUCUUCAUGAACCUGUGCCUCCAGAAAUCAGGCAUGUUUCAUUCCUUUGCUGCUGUUAACCCCAAUCCACCUCUUACAUUAUUUCCAAAGUGUGUUUAUCCUGGCUUUGCAGCAAAGCAACACUGCAGGAAAAUGAGCACCUCUGUGAUUGACAUUGCCAAGAAGCUGCUUGAACACAAGAAUGCAGAGAUUGUGCCUUACUUGAAUGGUGCACUGUACAGUCUGCUGUGCGAUUCGGAAUUCCGUAGCAUCGCUGUUCAAAUGGGACUGGAAGCAAGCUUGCAGAAAAUAAAACUCCUCUCAUCACCUGAUGUGCAACAUCAGGUGGACCAAGUUUGUGAGAGACUCCUUUCCUCAGAUGCAAAUGUCAAUGAUGGCAUUGUUGAUCCCCUGUGUGAGGAUGACGAGGACGACGAGGAUUCACAGGAAGAGUCGGAGCCAGAGCCAGAACUCGACAUGGAUGACAUUGUGCAAGCAUUGCCCCACCAGAUGUAUGGUGACCAGCUCUUGAAAGUCUUUUAUGAAGAAGAGAACCAGGACACUGUUUCACAACGAGCAUUAACAGUAUCAAGUAGGCUCGAAGAGUCUUCCCCUGACCAAUCCUUAGAAGAGACCACAGUGAACGCCCCAGAGACAUCCCAGUCUGAUGAAAUCGACUCUUCCCAGGCAAUUCACACUGAAACUGUCGAGUUUACAGCACCCCCUGUUGAUGAACAAGCCUCCAAGUUGGUGAAGCAGCUAACGGGUGAAGAAAAGGUAGUCGUGGCAGCAGCUGGCCAGGCUGCCCCUAACAGUGACAAAGCAAAUGGACUCAACAUGCAGGAGUACAGCGUAGCAUUCAGUUCGAGACCCAAGAUUCCACGCACACCCGAGCCCAGCGGUGGUGGCAGCUCAAGUAGAGUGGACUCCACACCGACCAGCUCACAGUCCUUGCGGAGAAGCCCUGCCAGUACCCCAUCCAGAGGCAACACUUCCUCAGUCCGUCCAGCGUACAGCACAGAUUGAGAAUGAACAGCAUUCCUAGAAAGAAAUCCUGCUAACUGCGUUCCAGUCCCCCUCAAGAGAUAGAGAGAGCGAGAAAAAAGAACCCUAUUUUCAUCUUUAUGUUAAAUAUCUGCUGUUCAAUAAAGCUCGUGUACAGUUUAAUUGUCAAUGCCUGUCAUUUGGUCGACCGACAAGCUACUGGGUAAGCGUUUCCGGAGGCCUCAAUUACUA